AUGAAAUCCCCACGGGUAAUUUCAUCCUUGGCUGGUACUAGUACCAACACCAUUACUACUACUACUACUACUACUACUACUACUACUACUACUACUACUACUACUACUACUACUACUACUACUACUACUACUACUACUACUACUACUACUACUACUACUACUACUACUACUGCUACUACUACUACUACUACUGCUACUACUACUACUACUACUACUACUACUACUACUACUACUACUACUACUACUACUACUAUUACUAGCGUGGAAUCUUCCCUUCUCUCCUCUCACUACAAGAAACAGUUGGAAUUCUCAAUAAAAGAGAGAAACGAAGAAUCAGAUAGUGGUGAGAUUAUCACUAUUAUUACUACUACUACUACUACUACUACUACUACUACUACUACUACUACUACUACUACUACUACUACUACUACUACUACUACUACUACUACUACUACUACUACUACUACUACUACUACUACUACUACUACUACUACUACUACUACUACUACUACUACUACUACUACUACUACUACUACUACUACUACUACUACUACUACUACUACUACUACUACUACUACUACUACUACUACUACUACUACUACUACUACUACUACUACUACUACUACUACUACUACUACUACUACUACUACUACUACUACUACUACUACUACUACUACUACUACUACUACUACUACUACUACUACUACUACUACUACUACUACUACUACUACUUUUACUACUACUAGUCACACUACUAUUACUACUACCUCUACUUCUCAAAGUAGCUGA